GAACACAGCAUCACUCCGACUGGUUCCACGAUUGGCAUGUCCCUGACUUGGCCGACACGACCGUCUCCUGGGAUGAUUGGCUCUACAACAAUGACCCCAUCGAGGCCAUCAUCGAGAGCACCUACCAGGAGGCCAACGACAUGAACCUUGUCCCGGAAAGCCUUGCUUCCACUUUGAGUUCUUGCUUCUCCACACACCGCGAGAACCGACUUCGCUUGGCACGAGCAGUUCAAUCUCGUGGCUACUGGGUGAAGGGUGGUAAAGGCAAGGGCAAGGGCAAGAGCAGCAAAGGAGCUGGCAAAGGCUCCAAGGGUGGCAAGCCUUCCAAAGGCCGUGGAAAAGGCGGGUCUGGCAAGGCCCGAGGAAUGUCACUCGAUGAGCUGAAGGCACAGACAGCCUGCGCCGAGUGUGGAAUGAUGGGACAUUGGAAAGACGAAUGCCCAAAUCGCAAGUCCAAUGUCACCCGCAACUACGAUGAUGAGCACUAUGGCGACCAGGACUAUGACAAUGAGGAGAACUGGGACUAUGGGCCUGGCUUCGAAGGAGAUGAAUGGACGGAGGAGAACUGGCAGGAUUGGUGGCCCGAACAAGACGCCGGUCUUCGCUCUUCUCACACCACCUUGCGUGAGCCUCCGCCGGCUAAGGUUCCACCUGUCAAUCCGCCGACCAAGGUUCCACAUGCUAAGGUUCCACCGGUCAUGCCUCCGACUCAGGAGGAAUUGGACACUGUCGCAAGCCUCAAGAGGAAGACGGCAGCAGCAGCUUUGCCUUCGCGACCUUCAACUACGUCCAAGCCCAAGAACGUCGCAGUGACACAGAAUGUCCAGGCGCAGCAGCUCAAAGACCAGCUCAUCUCCGAUGACUUCAUCAACCCACGUGGCACUUUGGCCACAGUUCGCGGCAUGUUGGAAGCUCGCCCGGCUUCAGUUGGUGAUGAUUUGGCAGCCGUGCAGCAUGCGCGGGACGAGUUCAACGCAGCGCAGGACUUCCAGAGUUUGGGCUCUGUUUGGAGCCUCCUUCGUGAGGACAAGAAGGGGCCUUCAGCUGAAAGUCUGAGGAAGCGCUCGGCCUUCAUGAGUGCCACCAUCAUCAGCCUUGAAGAGGCCUACGAGUAUGAGAAUGACUUCAACCAGAGCGCCAGGACUAUUCCCUUCUCUAUGAGCCCGCGGACUUCAUUGUCCUUGACCCGGCGACAACCCACAGUUGAACAAGGGCGGAUCUAUCUCACGAUCGAUACCGCCUGCGAGAACACCGUCACCGGCUCUAGCGGCAUGGAGGACAUCCUGGUGAAGCUCAAGGCCAUUGGACUGAUGCCUCUCCAAGAACCAGAGCGUGAGCAAUACUGCUUUGGGCCGGGACCGCCAAAGGUCUCCACUGUGAGGCUCUCAGUGCCAAUCGGCAUUGGAGGAGUUCCCUUGGUCAUCCGCACCAGCUUGAUCAAGGAAGAUGAAGGUGCGCCCAACAAGAUACCGUUUUUGGCAGGUCAAGACUGGUUGGUCUUCAUGGAAGCAGUCAUUGACUUGGGCCGCAACACCAUGUGGCUCCCGACCAUCCAGAAGGAGAUCCCACUGUACGUGGACGUCACUGGCCACCUGGUCAUUGCAGUGGAUGAGUAUCCUGCCGCGGGUUGGCCACCUGGUCUCACAACCCGCGUUGAUCGGUACCCUGGUGCCAUUUUCACCGUGUACAAAGGCACCGACACCGACACGCCAAAGCCGUUGCAUUCGCAGCCGACAAAAGAUGGAGCUGCGAGGGUGGAGAACUUUGCCUAUGUCCCAAGCCCCAACUAUGUUUAUGAGCCCAAUGACGACGACAUGAAUGUGAACAAGUUGCCCAGGGGACCCUGCUUUGUUUUUGCUGAUUUUUGGGAAUACACCCAUGAUGGCAUGGUGAUCCGACACCAUCGGAGGCCAAGACAGCGGCCUUUCACUUUGGACGAGACGCCGGACAGCCCAGACCCGCAGUCCUUGGGAACCGCCAAAGUGACCAUCAUCGCAGGGCCCCGACAACAACAUGUUUGGGAUGAUGCUCAUGAACUCCCAUCCAUUUGGCACGGCAAGACAUGUUUCUUUUUGAAGGACACCAACCCCUACAAGGUCAACAUUGAGCCUUUGCAACAUGUUGGUGUACCAGCUCUUUUUGAAGGUCAACAGAGUUCAGUAGAGGUUUCUCCUUCCAGUUUGAGUCCCCUCAACCGCAAGAAGAUUCAGCAGUUCGAUUUCCGCUCGACUCCGGCCAUCUUCGAACACGCGGACACCAAGAAGAAAGUGAUCUUCGAUGUGGCUCCGGACUAUCUGGUCAACAUCGUCUACGACAUGAAUCACAAGAGCAUGGGCGACAUCUGCGAGGAGGACCUGGAGGCGAAGCUGGACAGCUUCACCUACCACUACAACCCGUGCAAGAAGUCACCUCUGGGGAACUGGCAACACUUCGUUCUCCGCAUGAACAUCAUGUGGCAGGCCAUGGUUCGAUGGCAAUCCUGCAACAAGGUGGUUCGCGAGCUGCAGCACCGAGCUCCGGCACUAUGCAGCUACAUGGAGUCGAUGAUCCAGCUGGACAGCCAAGAGAUUUUGCCAGCGACCUGUCCUCCAGCGACGACCAAUCCUUCAGGCAGGACACGAAAGGUGAUGCCAACUCCAUACCCCUUCACGGUGGAGAGGUGCCCGCACGAUGCAGAAGCAGCCAGGAGGUAUGGCAAUGCCCACGGACGCUUCAUGGAAUGCCUCCAGUGCGGGGCAGUCAGAAAGGCCUUCAACGAGGACUACAUGAACCCCAUCACAGGCGAGAAGGUCGUGGUCCACGGCAUUCGCCACGGCAGGAAGAAGCAGCCCGGCGGCAAGAUCGAACCCGUUCUUCGAGACUCCCCAAAUCUCUCCGCCAAGCUGGCAAGCUGCUACUCGCUCUCUUCUUUGCCAACCUCUGACUUGGUGGCCCACAAGCUGAGCACCUCUACCUGGCCUAAGAAGAAGUUCGGGUACGACAUCGUGGAAGUGUUUGGAGGAAGCUCCAUGGUGACCAUCCGCGUAUGGCUCCGACCUGAGACGACCAUCGACAAGGGCAUGGCUAUU